AACACCCACCCAGCAUCACUCAGGUCAAUGUCUCAGUGUUGGAGCUCCUCACAUAGAGACACCACCACCACAUUGAGCUCAUGGAGAAGUCUGUGCUUGUAUUAACAUGCCUGAUGGGUGUUUUGGUGUGUUUUGGUGCCGGUCAGCAUCAUUUACGCGCAGGAGUCGCACCGUGGAGACACCGGAUCCAGUGGGAGAAUAACGGACAGGUGUACAGUUUACUGAGCACGGGGACUCAGUAUCGAUCACCUGUUCAGACCAGGAGACAGACUCAGCUCUUAUUGACGACUAAGAACAGCUUUAACAGACUUCACCCUCCUGUUGCGCUCAGCAGAUCCACCAGAACCAGAACCAGACAUGGAGAGCUCCAGGACGCAGCAGGAGGUCACUCUCAACAAAACCAUCUGAGCCACAGAGAUGCGUCGGUUCUUGGUGUUGAUGCGGGUCAGUAUUUACUCUCCGCUGGACGACCCGGUGCACACAGACAGUCACCACCGCACCUCGCAGCCACCGGAGAGGCUGUGGGUUACCGUGCACAACAGGGACCAUCCAACGGAACCGCUGCAGCUUUCAGCACCAUCCAGGAGUUCUCCGGCAGUGGAGUCCCACGAGGAGGCCGGAGCACAUCUGGAGGCACAACUGGAGAUGCUGCUGCACAACAGGCCACUGCUUCACCACCGGGAGGGCGGCGCCCUAACGCCCUCUAUUGGCCGGCCGCCACUGGAUCUGAGAGCUCGGAAUCAACCGCCAGGUCCUCCGCCACAGCUGGAUGGGUCCCCAUGGCUGAGGAUAGUGGGACUGCGCAUCGCAUCCCGCAGCAAACACAUUUAGGAGACGCUCGCAGCGCGCAAAGAGCACACGCACUGACCAGAAUCACACCGGAGUCCAAUGUUUCUCCCACAGCGCUGUCCAGUAACGCUGUAGAAAUACACUUUCCUCGUCCGAGGCCGGAUACAACAAGGACUCCGGACAUGGGUGACCCGCGGGACCCACACAGUAUCCAUCACAGGAACUCAGUUUUCUAUGAUGUUUACCCGGCAGACCGCAGAAACAGGAUCCCUGUGCGUCCUCCACCAGGACCGGGCUACGGCACCAGGUUCUUCCACAACGGUCUCCCAGACUUGGUUCCUGACCCUUACUACAUCCAAGCUGCCUCUUACAUCCAGAGAGUGCAGAUGUACGCACUUCGCUGUGCUGCUGAAGAAAACUGUCUUUCCAGGUCUGCAAAUCAUCCGAGUGUGAGGGACCUGGACUACAGAGUCCUGCUGCGGUUCCCACAGCGAGUGAAGAACCAGGGAACAGCAGACUUCCUCCCAGUGAAGCCCAGACACGAGUGGGAAUGGCACAGCUGUCACCAGCAUUACCACAGUAUGGAGGCCUUCAGUAACUACGACCUGCUGGACGUCUCCACUGGACAGAAGGUCGCCGAGGGACACAAGGCCAGUUUCUGUCUGGAGGACACAUCCUGUGACCCGGGGGUGAGACGACGCUACGCCUGCACUGCUCACACACAGGGGCUCGGUCCCGGCUGCUACGACACGUAUCACGCCAACAUCGACUGCCAGUGGAUCGACAUCACUGAUGUACCACCUGGAGACUACAUACUCAAGGUGACAGUGAACCCCUCUCAGACGGUUCAGGAGUCAGAUUUCUCCAACAACGAGGUGCGCUGCGACAUCAGGUACACAGGAAGCUACGUCCAGGCCAGAAACUGCAGGAUCACUGUGUAA